CAAUCUGAAUGCUGUGACGAGGAGAGGCAGGAUCCCAAUAUUUAACACACAGGGCACUGAUAAAUCUACACCUGUCACUGCCUGCUCCUCAUGAAGAACUAAUGCACUUUAUCUCCCUCCUCACAUACUGAAGAUAUCCACACAUGGGACUCCCGAUUCGACAUCAGUGCGGCUCUUGAGAAGUCAGAGGCGAUUUCCUCGUGUUUUGUCAUUAUUUACCGGGACAUUUUACAGAUGCGCAUUAUCAUGAACCUGUAAGGAUGCGACAGGACAUCUGAACCUCGCCUAAAAUCAAAAUCGCGCUCCUCGCAACUAUGCCGAAAAGAAAUCGUUCUUGAUACAUCUGGGAACCGCAGGAUGCAGAAGAAGAUUUUCGCACCUAUUUGAACAUGGAUCUCCCAUCAUUACGCGGAUUACAGUAGGACACCACAUGCGCCCCUGAAUCUCUUUAUUAUAGCCUGUAUCAUAUUGUGGCAAGUGCUUUAGGUGUAAAGAUGAUCCUAUUUCGUAAAUUUCGCGUGUUGAUUUUAAUGGUGUUUCUCGUCGCCUGCACCAUGCACAUCAUGAUAGACCUGUUACCCAAGCUGGAGAAGCGCGCGGCGGGAUCGAGCUCCAGCGCUGGAGGUGGAGGCGGCUGCUCCUGCGCUCACACACCGGGCGAGGAGCCUCGAUCCUGGGCCAAACAGCGCGCCAGAGCCGGCGCCGCCGAACCGGGCUGGCCUAAUAAACACUCUUUGAGACUACUGCAGGAUUUCAGCAAUGAACCAAACUCCAACCUCACUUCGCACUCGCGGGAGAAGGUGACAGAGAGAGCCGAGUCUGAAAAGAAAGUGAGACAGCUGCAGCUGGGCUCGGAGAAGAGGGUUUUGAUGAGAGAUACGGUGAGCGGACAGAAGCAGAGAGCUGUCCAUAGUUUCUCCAGACUGAAGGCGCUCUAUGAGCAUCCCCUCUAUAAGACCGACCUGCCUCAUCUCUCUGAAGAUGACACCUUGUUCAACCUCAACAAUGAUAUCAGAUUCUACCCCAAAGCUGCCGGACAACAAGAAUGGCAAUCUCUGAAAGUCCACCCUAAGAUCUUACCUAUGAAGUCAGGUGGCACUCAGCUGAAGCUCAUCAUGUCAUUCCAGAACUAUGGACAAGCACUGUUCAAACCUAUGAAACAAACCAGGGAACAAGAAACACCCCCAGACUUCUUCUACUUCUCUGACUUUGAGCGACACAACGCAGAGAUCGCUGCAUUUCAUCUGGACAGAAUCCUGGAUUUCCGGAGAGUUCCGCCGGUGGCCGGCAGGCUGGUGAACAUGACACGGGAGAUCCGAGACGUGACCCGUGACAAAAAGCUCUGGCGGACAUUCUUCGUAUCCCCAGCCAACAAUAUCUGCUUCUACGGCGAGUGCUCCUACUACUGCUCCACAGAACAUGCCCUAUGUGGGAAGCCCGACCAGAUCGAGGGCUCCCUGGCUGCAUUUCUUCCUGACUUGGCACUAGCUAAGCGCAAGACCUGGAGGAACCCCUGGCGCCGCUCCUACCACAAACGCAAGAAAGCUGAGUGGGAAGUGGAUCCGGACUAUUGUGAUGAAGUCAAACAGACUCCUCCGUAUGACCGAGGCACACGACUUCUGGACAUCAUGGACAUGACUAUUUUUGACUUUCUAAUGGGCAACAUGGAUCGCCACCAUUACGAGACUUUUGAGAAGUUUGGAAAUGAGACUUUCAUUAUUCAUUUGGACAACGGCAGAGGAUUUGGAAAGCAUUCACAUGAUGAAAUGUCCAUCCUGGUCCCUUUGACUCAGUGCUGCAGGUACGAUUGUUUUUCUCUACUUUCAGACAUCUCUUGA